AUGGAUCCCAUAAAAAAGGCGGAAGAGAUCGUCGGCAAAAGCACUGAGGAAGUGAAAGAGGAUGUCGUGAAAGCGACCAAAAAGUCCGUCUCCUCAUUACGAGACUUCGUCGCCGGUGGGGUGGGAGGUGUAUGUGCGGUGGUCGUUGGACAUCCGUUCGAUCUGGUCAAGGUGCGGCUGCAGACGGCAGAGAAGGGAGUGUACAAUGGGGCUUUCGAUGUUGUGAGGAAAACUGUUGCGCGAGAGGGGAUGGUGAGGGGGUUGUAUGCUGGGGUUUCCGCACCGUUGGUGGGUGUGACGCCAAUGUUCGCUGUAAGCUUCUGGGGCUACGGCGUCGGCAAGCAGCUCGUGGAGUCCUUCAGCGAGGUCAAAGACGGCCAAUACUCCGUCGCGCAGGUCUCGACAGCAGGGUUCUUCUCGGCGGUACCCAUGACCCUGAUCACGGCGCCUUUCGAGCGGGUCAAAAUCAUGCUACAAAUACAAGGGCAGAAAGAGCUCAAACCGGGUGAGAAGCCCAAGUACUCCGGCGGACUGGACGUCGUACGGCAGUUAUACAAAGAAGGCGGGAUCAAAUCAGUAUACCGUGGCUCAGCUAUGACGCUAGCGCGAGACGGUCCUGGUUCAGCUGCAUACUUCGCUACCUACGAGACGAUCAAGCGAUCACUAACGCCCAAAGACGAGACCGGCAAGCCAGGCCAGCUUUCCUUACCAGCCGUCUGCGCUGCGGGAGGUGCAGCAGGCGUGGCCAUGUGGAUCCCCGUCUUCCCCGUCGACACCAUAAAAUCGCGACUGCAGUCUGGCGAUGGAAACCUGAGCAUUAGCCAGACGAUACGGCAGCUUUACUCCAAAGGCGGCAUCAAGGCGUUUUUCCCUGGUAUGGGCCCGGCGAUGGCAAGGGCGGUGCCGGCGAAUGCUGUGACGUUCUUGGGCGUGGAGUUGGCGCAUCAGGCGAUGAACAAGGUGUUUUAG